AUGAUCAAAUUUCCCAACAAAGAAAUUCCUCAGGACACACAAACUCCUCGUCGCAAAAAAACAAAGAAAAAUGUUGAACUUAAAUUCUGUCGCUCAGUAUAUCUGGAGUUAAGAAAGAAACAACACUAUCCAUACGCUUAUCCUUUCUACGAACGAGUCGACGCAGAAAAACUAGGCGUUCCUGAAUACUAUACCAUCAUAAAAAAUCCAAUGGACCUCUCUAAAAUCAAUAGCAAGCUGGAAAAUGAAGAAUAUAGAUCAGCUGAAGAGUUUGAGGCUGACAUACGUUUAAUGUUUGACAACUGUUACAAAUUCAAUGCUCCUGGUACUGAUGUUUAUAACAUGGCUAAACAUUUGAAAGCUUUGCAAAAACAUCUUGCUGCUUUAUCAUCCCAACUGAAUCAAUAUAGAAAAUCAGGAAAAACUAAAAACAAAAAACCUACUAAAAAGCUUACUAAAAAACCCACUAAAUCCAAAUCCAAGUCUGAUGCUGAUGCAUUGACUGAUGCAAUGCCAAAAGCAAAACGUCGACGAAUUUCAAAAGCUGAGAUUGAGACCAUUGUUAAAGAAGAUGAUGAUAAGGAACUUACUGCCGAUCAAAAGGCCCUUCUUUCUAAAAGGAUUGAAUAUCUUCCUCAAGAACUCAUGGUUACGCUCAUUAGUAUGAUACAACAGAGUGGAGCAACGUUGAUGCCUGAAGAAGGUGGUUACGAGUUAGAAAUUGAGUCUAUUGACACUAAAACUGCUAAAAAAAUUUAUAAUUUUGUAAUGGCAAAUACUUCCGAACCAAAUGGUC